UCUAGCCCUCAAUAAGCACUCACAAAAGAUAUUGAUAAAGAAAAAAAAAAUGGGUUCUAGUAAUUAUAAUAUUAUAUUAAUAUUCCUAUGUUUCUCAAACCUUUUAAGGUUUAUUGCAUCCUCUGCAAGUGGUGAUGACCACAACAUUAAUUAUAAUGAGGGUGGUGAUUUUGUUGAAUGUCUCACCGUCCAAUUAGAAAGCUCGAAUUCAGCAACCGAUGAUCUCAUUUACACCCCCAAUAAUUCAUCAUCAUACGCAUCUCUUCUUAUAGCCCAAAACCUCAGACCGGGUUCAACCUCUCCAUAUGAUAAGCCUCUCAUAAUUUUCACACCUUUUUACGACUACCAAAUCCAAUCAGCUAUUUACUGCUCCAAGAAACUCCGAAUCCAGAUCCGUGUUCGAAGCGGCGGCCACGACUACGAAGGACUUUCUCACACUUCCCGAGAUAAUCCUUUUGUCGUGGUCGACAUGAGAAACCUUCGUCAGAUUUCGAUCGACGCCGAACAAAAGACGGCAUGGGUUCAAGUGGGCGCCACCCUCGGUCAGCUCUACCAUACGCUCGCCCAGAAGAGCGGGACCCUCGCAUUCACUGCCGGCGUUUGCCCCACCGUCGGCAUUGGCGGCCACCUCAGCGGUGGAGGAUACGGCAUGAUGUCCCGCAGGCACUCCAUCUCCGCCGAUCACAUCAUCGACGCCAGGAUAAUGAAUGUGGACGGUCAAAUGUUGGACCGACGGUCAAUGGGGGAGGAUCUUUUUUGGGCUAUUAGAGGUGGCGGAGGUACUAGCUUUGGGAUUGUUAUCGCAUUUAAGGUCAAUCUAAUCACCGUCCCCGAAACUGUCACGGUUUUCAACGUCACCAAAACGUACGAACAAAACGCGACCCAGUUAGUACACAGGUGGCAGUACAUCGCGGACAAGGUGGACGAUAAUCUUUUGAUGAGGGUUUUCUUGAGAAGUGUUCGAUCUCUGACCACCGGAAAGAGGACAGUAAUAGCUUCUUUCACUACCUUGUACUUAGGUGGAGUUGAAGAUCUUAUGCCGAUAAUGAAAGAGAAAUUUCCGGAGCUGGGUUUGGUGGAGAAAGAUUGUACUGAAAUGAGCUGGAUACAGUCUGUACUCUAUUUCGCGUACAUACCGAACCAGCCCCUCGACGUUUUGCUGAAUAGAACCACUCCUUUUACAGUAUAUUUCAAGGGCAAAUCAGACUUUGCGACAGAACCAAUUCCGGUAGACGGGCUAAUCGGGAUAUUUAGAUUCCUCCGUGAAGAAGAUGAAAAUAUGGCUGAAAUUCAGUUAAGUCCAUAUGGAGGUGCACUUAAUAGUUUUUCGGAAUCGGAAACUCCGUUCCCACAUCGAACAGGUAACAUUUUCAUGAUUGAUUAUGGGUUGAGUUGGGAUUCCCCGGGAAAAGAAGAAGCGGAAAAGCAUUUAAACUGGAUGAGGAGAAUUUACGGUUACAUGGCCGCUUAUGUGUCGAAAUCUCCUAGAGCGGCUUAUUUCAAUUACAGGGAUCUUGAUUUAGGGGUCAAUGACUACUCCUCAGGAAAUACUAUUGGAAGCUACGACGAGGCUAAGGUUUGGGGGAUGAAAUAUUUCAAGAACAAUUUCGAACGAUUAGUUCGUGUCAAGACUAAAGUUGAUCCGUCAAACUUUUUCAGAAACGAGCAAAGCAUUCCACCCUUUCCUCUGCCGCCUCUCUACUCGUCUUGAUUGGACGAAGGGUCGAUUUCAUACAUGGCUCAUAUCACAUCACUAAAUAAAGAUGUUUACAUGCAUCAUCAAUAAUGUUAUUUUAUUUAAUCAUUCAUCAAGAAAAUGUAACGCAGCUUCUUGCCCUCAUUAGCGGGUUAUUAUGCAAUAUGUAUGAGAAAUAUUAAUAGAAAAAAAAUAAAUUGAGUGAGAAUAAUUC